AGGGCAGGGCAGGGCAGCGCGGCCGCCCGCAGGUGGCCGGCGGCGGCAGCGGGGCGGCGAGCGCAGCAUGCCCGCCGCCUCAGACGCGCCUGCCUCCCGCCGCCGCCGCCGCCGCUGCUGCUGCUGCUGCCCAUGGAGAUCGCGCUGGUGACUUUGGAGAACGGCGGCACCACGGCCAUCGCGGGAACCGACGAUCCCGCGGCCGCCGGCGGCCGGGCGCGCUGGCGGGGCCACUUGCUGCACCCCGGCUGCUCGCCGCAGCUGAGCGACGGCAAGGAGAGCGCCCCGCCGGCCCCGCCGCCGCCGCCGCCGCCGCCGCCCGCGGAGGACGAGCAGAGAGAGCGGCCCCCGCCGGGUCCCCGCGCAGGAGGCGGCGGCGGCGCGGACGGCCCCGACGAGCGGCCGGCGGAGCUCCGCGCAGCCCCCGCGCCGCCGCCGCGUCCGCCGCCCCGCGCAGCGCGCCCCGCCGCGGACAUGGGGCCGUCCGAGGAAGGGGGACACCGCUGGGGCAUGGCCAUGGCGGCGGCGGGCGACGAGGAGGAGGAGGCGGCGGCGGCCAACCCGGGCGCCAUGCACCACCAGCGGGUGCUGAUCAACAUCUCGGGGCUGCGCUUCGAGACGCAGCUGGGCACCCUCAACCAGUUCCCCGACACGCUGCUGGGAGACCCCGACAAGCGCAUUCGCUACUUCGACCCGCUUCGCAACGAGUACUUCUUCGACCGCAACCGGCCCAGCUUCGACGGCAUCCUCUACUUCUACCAGUCCGGGGGCAAGCUCCGCCGGCCCGUCAAUGUCUCCAUCGACGUCUUCGCCGACGAAAUCCGCUUCUACCAGCUGGGUGAGGAGGCCAUGGAGCGCUUCCGGGAGGACGAGGGCUUCAUCAAAGAGGAGGAGAAGCCCCUGCCCCGCAAUGAGUUCCAGCGCCAGGUCUGGCUCAUCUUUGAGUACCCCGAGAGCUCCAGCUCAGCCCGGGCCAUCGCUAUCGUCUCCGUGCUGGUCAUCCUCAUCUCCAUCAUCACCUUCUGCCUGGAGACCCUGCCCGAGUUCAGGGACGAGAGGGAGAUGCCCGUACCCCUGCCCCCACAAGGUGGAGGUUUGAAUGGCACGCCCGGGGACUCCCCACCCAUGCAGCCACCCAGUAGCCUGGCUGACCCCUUCUUCAUCAUCGAGACCACCUGUGUGAUCUGGUUCACCUUCGAGCUCCUCGUGCGCUUCUUCGCCUGCCCCAGCAAGCCGGAGUUCUCCCGCAACAUCAUGAACAUCAUCGACAUCGUGGCCAUCAUCCCCUACUUCAUCACCCUGGGCACUGAGCUGGCCCAUGAGCAGCAGCAGCCCGGGGCUGGCAGUAGCAAUGGUGGUGGGGGCCAGCAGCAAGCCAUGUCCCUGGCCAUCCUCAGAGUCAUCCGCCUGGUCAGAGUCUUCAGGAUCUUCAAGCUCUCCAGGCACUCCAAGGGGCUGCAGAUCUUGGGGCAGACUUUGAAAGCCAGCAUGAGGGAGCUGGGCCUCCUCAUCUUCUUCCUCUUCAUCGGGGUGAUCCUCUUCUCCAGCGCCGUCUACUUUACUGAGGCUGAUGACCCUGAGUCUCAUUUCUCCAGCAUCCCUGAUGCUUUCUGGUGGGCAGUGGUAACCAUGACUACUGUGGGCUAUGGGGACAUGAGACCUGUCACUGUGGGGGGCAAGAUUGUGGGCUCCUUGUGUGCUAUCGCGGGUGUGCUCACCAUUGCCCUCCCUGUCCCUGUCAUCGUGUCCAACUUCAACUACUUCUACCACCGAGAGACUGACCACGAAGAGCAGGCUAUCCUCAAAGAUGAGCACAGUAGUGCUCAGGGCAGCACUGCGGGGGGAGAAGUGAAGAGAAGACCCAGCAAAAACUCUCUGAACAAAUCUGUUGUGCACUUGGAAAACAGUGAGGAGUUCAACAAUGGCACCGGCUCCUCAGAGAAAGCCAAUAUCAAAGCGAAAAGUAAUGUAGAUCUCAGAAAAUCCCUCUAUGCUCUAUGUCUGGACACCAACAGGGAAACAGACCUGUGAGGAGAGGAGAUGGUUAGAGUUCAGAGGGGCAAAAGGAUUUUCUGGUGUCGGAAACUUGCUACUAUAAUUAUUCUUUUAGUACCAAUUAGUUUUUUAAGUCAGGCUGUAUUUUAUAAAUUGAUCACUGUCCUGAGAAAUUCUCCAGGAAUACAUGUUUUUAUGUUCUUUUUCCAUGACACAAAGGGUCACUUAUUUUUAAAAUAGACUAAGAAUAAGCUACACUCCAUGAUGCAGGAGCUGGUAAAUUAUGACAGUGAAAAAUCUAAUUUUUAGAAACUUAUUUUAGCAAGUGGUCAUUGGUUUUGAAUGGAUAAUUUGUAACCAAUUCAGUUGCUCCCAGUUUAGUGUAAAGAACUGGGGGGAUGUGUGUGUGGAGAAUGAAUGGAUUGGGGAUGGGAGGGGGGAGGUUGAGGGGUUUUGUACUGUAGUUUCAAAUUGAAAUUAUUCAAAUAUAUUUUGUAUCUGUGUGACUGUAUUUAUGGUUGAAAGGAGAUUUCUUAUUCCUGUGAAGUAUGAUAUCAUUAAAGCACUAGGAAUAUUAGCAAAUCAGCACUUUCUGGGUUUUCCACUUGUGAUCAGUACAGAUCUGGUUAUCUUGUAUGUGAAGUGAAUUUGGUGCUUUGAACCCUAGAGCAGAAAACUUCUGUUGUCAUUAAUAUGUUAGUUUCUUGUGAGCCUUAAAUUAUGAAAUAUUGCAGAUAUACUUCUUUAUAUAUAAUUUUAUUAGUUACCUUCCUGUUUCAGAAUUUCCAGGUAAUUCAGUCAUGUGCUUACUGGCCUCACUCAAAAUCAAAAAAGUAUGUGCAGCUUUUUUUUUUUUUUUUUUUUUUUUUUGGUUUUAGAAUUUUAUAUCUUUGUUAUAUUUUGAGACCUAAAGGAAAAAAUACAGUCUGCUGUUACUGGUUUCAAUCCGGUGCACAACAGAUCGAAAGUGAUCUGACCAGAUUUUCAAGUGCACAACAGAUGAAAACCAUGAGGGAGUGGAUAGGCACAAUGAGAAAGUAGAGUAUUGAGUGCAAUACCUGCAGAACUGCUUUCAUUGUACACUCCAGAUUCCUUGAGUGUAUGUAUCAGUCACCUUUAUGUAUGCACACACCAUUUGUGUACACAGUUCUCUGGUUUUAGUUCUCUCAGACCAGGAGUGGAUGGCACUUCAGGAGUCGAACUUGGUGUGCUGUGCUGCUUCAACAACCAUCGCAUGGCUUUUCUCUUGGACAUAGAUGGAAGCACCAUCUUUUCAUCAAAACACACCCCUGGUUUCUUGUAUUUCCAAACAAAACCUUCUCAGCACUGUGGAUUUUACAGUUGAGGUGUUGUUGAAAGACGAGUGACACAUUGCCUUCAUCAGGAUCACAGCUAACUCUGAAGACUGACACAAAGUUGCUCCUUUAGCUCAAACAGCUUUCUUACGAUUUCUCUUGCAAAGGACAUCUCUGUUUCCCCCUCCAACUUUUGUUGUAUUGCUGAAAGAUGUUCCAUGCCUUUCCCACAUCCUGUGGCACAGCAAGAGUAGCAGAGAAGAGAAGGCUUGAUUGUCAGCAUCGCUCAAGAGUGACCUGGAGCUCAAGCAGGAGCGGUGUUCUCCAGACAGCUCUCCACGGCUUCCCUAACACACUAGUGAGCCACGAGACCGAGGCAGAAAUUCCAGUGUGGGGAGGGUGUGAGUCAUGAGAUGAGGCUGCCUGAGAAGCUACUUGGGAAUAACUUCUCUGGUUUUAAAUAUUCUUCUUAAGCAAUCUCCUGUUAUUUUUUACUUUUAUAUUUCCAUGUAUUUAACUUAUUCCCGUAUACCAAGUGUUUUUUAUUUUCCAAUGCAUAAAGAAAGAAAGACUUAUUUUGGAAGUUCUACAAAAAUGGAAGUCAUUGUAAUAAUGAUUUGAUGUCCUUGGAACGCACUUUAUUUACUAUUUGUUUUUAUUAGGACAUUGUUUGAACGUAACUUUAAGCCCAAUAAGGUUCCAGGACUAAUCUCCUGGGAGAGGAUAUUUAUGGUCCAUAUUUUCAGAGAGGGAGAUUGGAAGUAGAAAAAGGCUUAAGUAUUUAGGCCUUGCUUCAGCUCUGAAGGCAGGGGAAAUCUGCAAAUGGUCACUUGACCAGCUGAAGGAGAGGGUGGCAUGUGCAGAUGCACAGCUCCAAGGAGCACUUGCAUUCCACGUGUGCUCAUUCCAAGCAGAAACAUGGGCCUCAGAUUGUGUGCAUUACUGCAGGCGAACUGACCUAUUUUUCUGGAGAGGAAAAAUCUACCAUAAAAAUCUAAUUUGCAAGGAUUGUGGGAGUGGAAACAGGCCUGUUUGUUUUUGUUUUUGUUUUUUUUUUUCUCUAGGAUAUUUGGUUAUGCAAACAAAUUGAUGAGGGAGAAACUUCCAGCGGGAAAACCACUGAUGGUGCUCAGUGUCAAUUAAUUGUAACACUCUUGAAAGGAAAGUGAAAUAAUGGUGAAUUUCUCAGAGAAUCCGAGAGUCAUAGAAUGGUCUGGGUUGGAAAGGACCUUAACGACCCUCUAGUUCCAACUCCCUGCCAUGGGAAAGGACACCUUCCACUUUGUUCUAAGCCAUAAUUUUGUGUCCAGUGUGGAGCCUAAUGGUUUUUCCUCCUUAAUUAAUGCAGCUUUUUGCAUGACACUGUCCUGAUUACCUUUCUCCUGCAGACACUGACCAUUAGGAAGACACUGUUGCAGAGUCUGAAACCAAACCAGCCUAUUCCUUGUUCUCAAGUCCUCUUGGGUUAGAAGCUGAUGAAAAACUUCCUUCUGGAUAAAUAACUGUGAGGUCCCCAUCAUCCCCAGAAUUGGAUUCCUUCACUGGGAUUGCUGAAACAGUGGUCUGCUCCAAGGUUUCUCUCAUAGAAGAAUUGUUCAGCUUCACAACAGGAGUGAGAAAAGUUUAAAUGCUUUGGGGCUCACUCCCAGGCACAAGACUUCAUUACUUGAGCUUUUGUUUGGAAAUAAAUUGAGUUCUUGUCAUAGAUUGGGCAUCUUAUCCCGUGCUUCUUACAUAUCCAACUUUCUCAUAAUUCUGGAAGAAGAUUCAAGUGUUUGUUCUUUUUCUUUUAUUGGCACUUGUCUUUCUUUAUUUUGUAUUCUUGAGAUGUGCUGCAUCUCUGGAGUUUGUAUUUCUACUUUUACCAUAAAAAUGUUGUACAUACAAGUCUAGAAUGCAUCUGAAGAUUAGUAUAAUUUUUCAUGUGACUUUGACUUGAACAUUUUUCUGUUUAUGUUUAUAUUGCUAUUUCAAAUAUGUGCAUUACCUGUAUUCUUUAUGCCUGUUCCCCAUCUGUAACUUAAUAAAAUAAUGUCCCCAUUCUUCAGAACCA